AUGAAUACCGAAAAGCUGAAAAAACUGCAGUCGCAAGUCCGUAUAGGCGGCAAGGGGACCCCAAGGCGCAAGAAGAAGGUCGUCCACGCUACUGCAGCUACAGAUGACAAGAAAUUACAGUCAUCCCUCAAGAAACUAUCAGUGAACACUAUCCCUGGCAUCGAAGAGGUGAAUAUGAUCAAGGAAGACAACACAGUAAUACAUUUUAACAAUCCAAAAGCGCAAGCAUCGCUCGCAGCCAACACUUUCGCUAUCACCGGCCACGGGGAGAACAAACAGGUCGCUGAGAUGCUUCCCGGCAUCCUGAGCCAGCUCGGAUCUGAUGAUAUCAAUCGGUUAAAGAAGAUGGUAUCCAAUGUGUCGCCUCCAAAACCGAUAGACGAGGAUGAUGAAGUGCCUAACCUAGUUGGUGACUUCGACGAGGCGUCAAAACAAGAGGCCAAGGAGGUCGUAGCCGAGGAAAAGGAGAAGGAAAAGGAAAAAGAAAAAGAGGAAAAGCAACCCGAACCAGAAACCAAAGCCGCGGACAAGAAAAGCGAUUAA